AAAAUUAAGUAAAGAUCCCAAAGACUAAGCAGAGAGAUGGAACAGAAUGUCUCGGAGAGCAUCGUCACCAUCCCGCCAGCAGACUACGAUGUACUGAGUGCCUUAGACUGGAAAGACGGCAUUGGUACCUUGCCUGGUAGCAACAUACAAUUCCGUUUAAAUGAGUUUGGAAUGCUAGAAAUCAUUACUGAAGUAGAAGCAGAAGCCAUAAAAACUCUUUCAGCCUCAGCAAUAAAUGCCAGCCCAACCAGCUUUGCUCCUGCUGCUGUCAACGCUCCCGCUGCCUCUAGCACUGAUUUGGAAGUGUCCAAAGACAACUUGCCGUGUUCUGUUUUCCAAACCUAUGGUCAAAUGGAUUGCUUUGAGAAUGGAAAGUUUUGUACUCAGACAGGCUCUCAGCAGCACAGGGACAGUGAUGCCAAAGACAUUCCAGAUGAUUGCAGAAACAGGGGAAAUAGCAGAAAUCCUAAUGUCAGCAUUGGCUGUCAGGUGAAUGAGGUUGUCAGACCUGCCAAACGUCUCCGAAGGAAGAGAAGACUGCUUCUGGAGUCUGAGGAUGAUGAGGAAAACGCAGAUGAGGAUGAGGAGAAGAAUAAAUCAAAUAAUAUGAAAAGCCGCAGAAACACUAAACCAAUAAAACAAGUUGUUCCUGCAAAGAAGAAGGUAUGGAACUGGGUUUCCUACUUAGAAGAGGAACGGAUGCCAGCUGCUCCCCUAAAACUGUUCAGAGAGUAUCAAUCAUUCCCACAAGGCCGAAAUGGAUUUAAAGUUGGAAUGAAAUUGGAAGGGCUGGACCCUGAACACCCAUCUCGAUUCUGUGUUCUUACAGUGGCUGAGGUACAAGGGUAUAGAAUGCGAUUACAUUUUGAUGGUUAUCCGGAGUGCUAUGACUUCUGGGUUAAUGCUGAUUCCUCAGACAUCCAUCCUGUCGGCUGGUGUGAAAAAACAAGCCAUAAGCUGCUCCCUCCUAAAGGUUUCAAGGAGGGAGAAUUUAAUUGGGCUUCCUAUUUGAAGAAUUGCAAAGCUCAAGCAGCUCCAAAAAGCCUUUUUAAGACCCUCAGCACUCCUGUCACACCAUCUGGUUUUCGUCUGGGAAUGAAACUAGAGGCAGUGGACAAGAAGAAUCCGUUACUGAUGUGUGUUGCAACCAUCACUGACAUGGUGGAUAACCGCCUGCUAGUUCAUUUUGAUAACUGGGAUGAGAAUUACGACUACUGGUGUGAAGCUAGCAGCCCAUAUAUUCGUCCUGUUGGCUAUUGCCAAGAAACUGGAACCCCGCUGACAGUACCACCUGGAUACAAGGAUCCUAAAGCCUUUUCAUGGGAGAAAUACUUGGAAGAAACUAAUUCCCAGGCAGCCCCAGCAAGAGCAUUCAAACUGCGUCCUGCUCACGGAUUCCAAGUUAAUAUGAAGUUAGAGGCUGUAGACAAAAGAAAUCCCAUCUUGAUAAGAGUAGCAACGAUAAUUGACAAAGAUGACCAUCGUAUUAAGAUACAUUUUGAUGGCUGGGACCGUAAUUAUGAUUUUUGGGUCGAUGCAGACAGCCCUGAUGUUCAUCCAGUAGGCUGGUGUGCAAAAACUGGACAUGCUUUGCAAGUCCCCCUAGGUGCUGUUGAUCCUGUGGGAACAGUGGGACAAGCGUGUCCUACUCCAGGCUGUCACGGUAUUGGCCACGUCAGGGGACCACGAUAUGGAACACAUUAUACGUUAGUUGGCUGCCCAUAUUCUGAUGUGAACCUCAGCAGAGAAAACUUGUUACAGGACCGCCUGAGCGGGGAAAGACCUUCCUCUGGCAAUAGCCUUCAGAAAGCCAAGAGGAUAGAGACCCCUGCCCCAGUCCUGUUGGGAACAGGAGAGUCUUCUCAGGAGGACUCUCCACAUUCCAGAAAAUCUGCACAAGACAGUGAAAAGUCAUGUCAAAGCAGUGUACGCAGUCUGUCGGAACAGUCUGAAAACAAUCAAGAGAAAGACUGGAUAGAGGAGGAAUCGUCUGCAGACAUCAAAGCCAAACCGAAAAAGCUUGGGUGCUCACAUGCCUAUAUAAAGUUCCAGCUGGUGAAACAGGAGAACAAUGGGAAAGACCCUGAUUUCGAUCUCCAGCAGGCCCUCCACCAGUCCAUCUUCAUGCCUUCCCUGACCUCUAACCCGACCCACCGCCUCCAUCUCUGCUGGGAGCAGCACUGCAAGCUCUUGCCGGAGGUCUCGGGCCUCACAGCCAAGCAUGUGGCCAAAUGGACUGUGGAAGAGGUGGUGAGCUUUAUCCAGCGUCUACCUGGUUGCAAAGAACAAGCAUCUGUGUUCAGGGAAGAGCAGAUAGACGGUGAAGCCUUUCUGCUCCUGAACCAGACCGACAUAGUUAAAAUACUCAGUAUCAAACUGGGUCCUGCCCUGAAGAUCUACAAUGCCAUUCUCAUGUUCAAGUCUGCAGAAGAAGAGUGAGAAGAGCCCUUUGGCAGAGCCCAGGAGGAAUUGAGAGGGAACAGAUCUUCCACUGAGAGCAUUACAACGUGCCCAAGAGGCAAACUUGGACUCAGAUAUAUUUUAAGUAGAACUUAUUAAAAAUAUUUUGAGGACAUAAAAAUCCUGCCGCAAUCUGGAAUAUGGGGCAGCUUCACUUCCAAGAAGAGGAUAUUAUUAUAUUUUGUAAUUGAGUUUGGUUUUGAUAUAUCAAUCUCUUUUGAGAUCUAGAAGAAACCUCCAGUUAUAAGGGGAAUCCAGGGUAACUUUGGUGGAGCUGCAAUAGUAAGA